CUUCGUCAAUCUACUACUGCUUGUGUUUAUGAUGUUUUCUUGAGUUUUAGAGGAGAGACACGAAAAUCUUUUACUGAUCAUCUCUAUGAAGAUUUGUGUCAGGCUGGAAUUAACACCUUUCGGGACGAUGAAGAAAUCCGAAAAGGUGAGAACAUCUGAGCUAUUGAAGGCCAUCGAGGGGUCCAAGAUAUCCAUCAUAGUAUUUUCUAAAACUUAUGCCCAAUCCAUAUGGUGUCUUAAUGAACUGGUGAAGAUUCUAGAGUGUAAGAAAAAUUUACAGCAGACGGGUUAUGCCUAUAUUCUACAACAUUGAUCCUUCAGAGGUUCGUAAACAAAAUGGCGAAUUUGGUAAGGCAUUGGCUCAACAUCGACAACAAUUUAAUGAUCAAAGAGUUACUGAGUGGAAAGUUGCACUCACUACUAUUGCUGAUUUGUCUGGAUGGGAUUUGCAAACCAUGACAAACGGGUAUGAAUCAAAGUUCAUCAAAAAAAUCACUGAAGCGGUACUAUGGGAAGUGAAUCCUACAUACAUUUACAACUACUUGAGUUUUCAAAAGUUUGAAGGUUGUUGCUUUAUUGCAAACAUUAGAUCACAAGUUUCUGAAGGGCACAAUGGUUUAGUUCAUUUACAAGAGAAACUACUUUGCAAAAAACUCAACAGAAAGAAACUUGAAAUAGAUAAUGUUGAUGAAGGAAUAAGUUUGAUUAAAGAAAGACUACGAUCAAAAAGUGUUGUUAUUGUUCUUGAUGACAUAGAUGAUACUAUUCAACUAGAAUCAUUAGCAGGACAACAGAAUUGGUUUGGUUCAGGAAGCACAAUUAUAAUAACAACUAGAGAUGUUCAAUUGUUGAGUGACCUGGAAGCACACGAGAAGUACAUGGUAGAAGAGUUAAGUCCUGAUGAAUCCUUGCAACUCUUGAGUUGGCAUGCUUUUGGUGUUCCUAUACCAUUAGAGGGGUAUACUGAACUAUCUCAAAGGAUAGCACGUUAUACUGUUGGACUUCCAUUAGCACUUACAAUUAUAGGUUGUCAUUUGCGUGGAAGAUCCGUGCAAGAGUGGAGCCACAAUGCUGAGAAAUUAAGAAGAACGCCUAAUGAUAAAGUUCAAAAUGUUCUUAAAAUAAGCUAUGAUGCACUUGAUAAUGAUACUAAGAACAUCUUUCUUGAUAUUGCUUUCUUUAUGACAAAAACGACACUUCUAUGAUAUUGGAAGCCUGUGGUUUUUAUGCUAAAGUUGGAAUUAAAACUUUGAUAGAAAGAUGCUUGUUGACGAUAGAUGGAUGUAGAGAAUCUGCUGGAAGUCUUCAAAUGCAUGAUUUAGUACGAGAUAUGGGGAGAGAAAUUGUUCUAAAGAAAUCUCCACGAGAGCCCUGCAAACAAAGUAGAUUGAUUGACCCAAAGGAUGUGUUUGAUGUGCUUCAUGGGAAUAAGGGAACAGAAGCAAUUGAAGGGAUGAUUGUAAAUUCUAACAUGUUAAAGUUAAAGAAUGUGCCUUUGAGUACUCAAGUAUUCAAAAGGAUGGUAAAUUUACGAAUACUGAUAUUGGAUGAUAUGUGUUUCAGUGGAUCUUUUAAAUAUUUAUCCAAUGAACUUAGGUUGUUUAAAUUACACAAUUGUCAUUUGAGUGGCAUACAACUUGAUUUUCUUUGUGAGAAACUUGUUGAGUUAGACUUGAGAAGGAACAAUGUCAAAGAAUUCCAAUGCAAUAUGCAGGUUAGUAUGUCAAAUGCUUCUUUCAACAUUGCAUAUUUCUUAAUUAAAAACUUUGACUAGAAAAAUAGAAAUUGAUUAAACUUUCUACAUUGUUUUUUUUCAACAGCAUUUUAGAUGCUUGAGGAUUUUAAAGUUUGAUUAUUGUCAACAACUUAAGAAAACACCAAACUUCACUGGGGCACAUACUCUUCAAAAAGUAUCCUUUGUGCAUUGUUUAAAUUUGAUCAAGGUACACCCAUCAAUUGGAAGUUUGGAGAAACUUGUUGAGUUAGAUUUCAAAAGUUGCAAGAAACUCAAGUUUCUUCCAAGUAGCAUUUGCAAGUUAAAAUCACUUGAAGUUUUAUGUUUAAAAUAUUGUGAAAAACUGAGGGAGCUUCCAAUUGAGUUGGGAAAAUUAGAGCAACUUAGGGAGUUACUUGCUGGUGGAACUGCCAUCUCACAUAUACCAUUUUCUUUGGGUUGUUUGAGAAAUCUAAAGACACUGGAUCUGUGGGUGUACGAGAGUUCUAUAUUAUCAAAACCAAAAUCCCAACUUCUUGACAUUUUAUCACCUCUUUUUUUGUCAAGAACUCGUGGUUCACCUUCAGUUGUAAAUUUGUGCUCUUGGGAAGUUAUUGAGAAUUUGACCUCAUUGGUAUCUUUAGAUUUAUCAGGAAGAAGUUAUUAUCUUCAAAACUUACCUUUCGGUCUUCGUCAUCUUUCAAACCUGAAAAGUCUCUACUUGAACAAUUUCCAAAAUCUUAGAAUACUUGUAAAACUUCCUCCUAGUUUGGAGGAACUCUCUGUAGAAAAUUGUGUCUCAUUGGAAAAGAUAGCAGUUGUAUCAAACUUGAAGAGACUUAAAGUGUUAUGUCUUGGAAAUUGCAAAAGUUUGGUUGAGCUUCUGAACAUGGGGAGUCUUUCAUCCUUAGUAGACCUUGACAUAAGGAAUUGCAAUGCUUUGGCUAUUCCUGACAACUAUUUGCAUGAAGUAGAUGAUGUUCCAAUUGCUCUUAGGAGUUUGUCCUCCUCGUUGAAAGAAAUAGAUUUAAUGGGAAGAUAUUAUCUUCAAAGUUUACCAUUAAGCUUUUGCCAUCAAUAUUCCAAUUUGGAGAGACUCUACUUGGACGAUCUGCAGAAUCUUAGAUUACUUCCACAACUUCCUCCUAAUUUGGAGAUACUCUCUCUAAAGAAUUGUGUGUCAUUAGAAAAAAUAGCAGAUCUAUCCAACUUGAAAAGACUUGGACGGCUAGAUAUUCAGAACUGCAAAAGUUUGGUGGUUGAGCUUUCAGGCUUGGAGAGUCUUGAAUCCUUACAUUGUCUUGGAAUAGCAAAUUGCAGUGGUUUGAGGAUUCCUUCGAUUCAAAAGUGGUUCAAGGCAAGUUCUAAAGUUGCCUGGAUUACGCUUCGAGUGGGAGUUGGGUUUGUGUCCUGCUGUUUUCUAAAACCUUUUAAGAAUACUCUUUGAGAUCCCCCACAAUGUGAUUGAUCCCUGUAGUAUAAUUGAAGGAAUAAUUGGUUUUAGUGUGAGAAGCAAAAGCAGUGGUGCUUGGAUUCUAAAGGAACCCAAUUAUAUUAACAUCAAAGCCAAUAGGUAUGGUCAGAGUAUUUAUUUUGUGGUUCCAACAAUGAUGGAAGAAGUAUUGGAGGUGUAUGCAGAAUUUCAGUCUUUGCAGAAGAUAAUUUGUGUAGCUGAAAUACAUAGAAACAGAGAAGGGGAAGUGCGUUUCUUUCCAUCAACAAGGGGAUGCAUUCCUUCCUGCUAUAAUUUCAUCAACAACCAUAAUAAGGAUAGUUAGAGUAGCAUCAGAGUUACGACGCUGUGCUUAGCAAACCCGUCUUCAGCUUCAGUUUUUGCUGCAAAAUGGAUUAUUAUAUUGUUAAGUAUAUCCUUCCUUAACACAUUUAAUUGACACCUCUUUAAAGUACAUCGGAGUACAUCUUUUGUUAGUUGU